CUAGAGUUGAAGUUUUUAUGUUUCUGAGAUAUCAGGUACAUUCUUUAAAAACUAAUCGCUCUUGCCGAAUAAUGCGUCCACUUCUACCCAUUAUGAAAUUAUUCUUUAAUUUAAUGAAUGAUUGGGUUGAAUUUACAUUUAAUCCAAGCCACUUGCCUAAAAUCUAGCGAGUAAAAUGUUCACCUCUUUGACGGUCUCGAGGAGCAAAACUAUCAAACCGAUCACCACCUCGCAAGUCAAGGAAGUGGAAGUAAGGCGCGAUUAAAGCACUUGGAAACGUUACCGUAAGGCGUUGUUAGUCAUUCGCCUGUGAAAGUCGCUGGUCGGUCGUUAAUGUGUUCCGUUUGCAGUGCGUUGUUUACAAGUAAUAUGUAAUACUUUUGCGUUCGGGAAAUAUGACUUCCACGAACACCGCCUCAGCGACCGCUCCGGAUACAUUUCGCGAGGAUAUCCCGUUAAACCAGGCGGGCCUGAAGACGCCGAAAUGGUACAAGUGCCACGACGACAGCCUCAGCGGCUCUAAAUUCGUAAACGUCGCCUUUGGAACACUGACCGUCGUCAUCACCGCAGCCCUCCUAAUCCAAAUCUACUACGGCGAUUAUCAGGUUGUUCCGCAUGGAAGCGUCGCCUCCGACAGCCUUGAAUGUUCGAGGGCGGGCACGAAAAUUUUAAAGGAGGGCGGCAACGCGGUGGACGCCGCAAUUGCCUGCACUUUGUGUUUAGCCGUUGUGACGCCACACGUCACGGGAUUAGAUGCGGAGGGGCAAAUGAUGAUUUACAACCACCGGGAUCGUCUCCCGCCCACAGUAAUAAAUUUCAGCGUCUCCAAUACACCCACCCUAAAAUUACCCUUUCUGGUGUCGGGAUUGGCUUACAUCCACCGACAACGCGGCACCUUACCCUGGCAUGAUCUCGUUAAACCCGCAGCUGACCUCGCCAAGAACGGUUACGUCGUAUCGAAGAUGCUGGUACAGGCAGUGAACAAGGCAAAUGCGCAACAUCGUUACGGCCGUUUGGAGCCCGGACAGCUGCUGUCGCACCAGGUUCUUGCAGACACCCUCGCAACGAUCGCAAAUAUUACCAAAGAAGACCUGUAUACAAACUACAUCGACUCUGCUAACGAACCCGUCGGAUCUCCAGCGAUAAAAUCAACAUUUUACGGUUACAAUAUCUACGUUCCUGGGGUCGAGACGGUCGGACCCGCGCUGCUGGACAACCUUAAGGAAAUCGAAAAGUAUAACUUCACAGACGCCGCAGGGGCACCAGUGCCCCAACGCUUUCACGCCCUCGUCGACGCCACGCUCGGCACUUACAAGAAAUUUAACCUUUCCACGAGCUUCCAUCAAGGCACAGGUUCAAAUGUUGCGGUUAUGGAUUCCGACGAGAACUACGUGUCGCUUGUGACGGGCAUGUACGACCUGUUCGGCGAUAAAGAACAGAACGAGUUUGUUUACGUGCAAGACGUAAAGGAGAGACCGCGACCUUGCAGCCGCAUCGCCCUCAUAGUGACUGACAAUAACUUUAUCUGCGGCCGUAGAAUCGUUCUGGGGGCGGACAACGUCGCGAUGGCCACCCAACUUCUAGCAAAUCUUGUAAUUGGCGGACAAAAUGUCACGGAGGCGAUCGAGAGCGCCAGAUUUCACGUUAUGACCGAUGGAACAAUCGGAGUUGAAGUCGCUCGUUCGCCUACUUUUUCGGAAUCGACCGUUCGGUACUUUGAGGAGAUAACAGGGAACAAGGUUGUCGCAAUUGACGAGCCUUACAAUAGCAGUAACAGCGUGGAAAAGUGGAAAGACGAUUUGGUUUCGCAUUCCGACAGUCGUGGCGGUGGAAUAGCGAGCCGGUUCUAGAUUGUGAAUUGUGAUCUUGUGAUUUGUACUUAAUUGUUAUUUAUAAUUGUUGCACAAUUAAAAAUAAAUUAAGUUUUCUAUCUUGUAUAUGGAUUAUCAGAAACUUUGUUUUUGGGAAGUGUACUAAUAAAAGUAUAGGAGAAAAGA